AUCGUAUCAUCACCAUGUCAUUUGGUUUAUUUGAACUUUUAAAUUCGUGUUUUCAGCUUGAAGAGGUUUUAUUGCAUAUUUUUCUCAUCAGACAUCUGUCUUUGAGAGUCCCUGGUAGAUGUACAUAAAUGCCAUUUCCGGCGGAUAUCCUCGGCUCCUGGGCGAUCUGGAAAAAGCUUUCCGGCAACAAUGACGACGACUGGAUUGACCGUUUGAACCACAUCUACACAGUGGUCAUUCUAGCCGUAUUCUCCGUGUUUGUCGCCGGCAGCUCGUACGUUGGUGAGCCAAUAGCCUGCUGGCAUCCGACGGAGUACACUGCGCACCAAGUGAAAUAUGCAAACAGCUAUUGUUGGAUAAAGAACACGUACUACGUGCCAAUGAGUGAAACGAUACCACGUGACAACAGAGAUCACGUGCAUCUAGAAAUCACGUACUACCAAUAUGUUCCACUGAUUUUGCUCUUCAUGGCGUUCCUCUUCAAACUUCCAUGUUUGAUAUGGCGGAACUUCUCUGGGUAUUCCGGCAUUGACCUUCCAAAGGUCGUUGAGUUAACUACUAAAACGCAUUACAUCGAGGACAGUAAACGCUUGGAAAAAAUCAAUGAGAUUUCAAUAGUGGUGGAUCGUUGGCUAGAGGCAAAUAGACAGUACCACUGGAACAUACUGGUUAGACUAAGGCAGAGACUGUCAAGAGUUUGUUUCUGUAUGAACAGAAGAGAAGGGACAUAUCUUACUGGGCUCUACAUGUUCGUGAAACUAUUGUUCGCUGUUAACGUCGUAUCACAGUUCUUUAUUCUGGACGCUUUCCUAGAUGGUUUCUUCAGUCUCUGGGGCAUGGAGGCCAUGUACAGUCUUGCCCAUGAAUAUGCCAUUAAAGAGUCCCGGAGGUUUCCAAGGGUUACUCUUUGCGACUUCGAAGUUCGAAGACUACAUUUAGUUCAGCCGCAUACAGUCCAAUGCGUCCUGCCUAUAAACUUGUUCAACGAGAAGAUAUUCUUGUUUCUGUGGUUUUGGUUCAUCAUUGUGGCCGCAGUCACGUGCUUGAAUAUCUUAUUCUGGUUUUGGAGAUCAUUUUUUCAGAGUAACAGGACAUGCUUUGUGAAAAAGUACCUCACAGUAAGUUCCAGAAUUCACACAUCGACGGACAAGAAACUAUGCAAAAAGUUUGCCACAUAUCUUCGGGACGACGGCAUUUUCCUGAUCCGAAUGAUCCAGAAGAAUUCCAACGACAUCCUAGUGACUGAUUUGAUAGCGAGGCUCUGGGAAAUCUAUCUUGAAAAACCAGUCGUAAAGAAGAUGAUAAUGACAUCAGAUGGCGGGAAUAAUGGAAACAACAACACAACGUGUGGAACGACGCCGCCAGCAAAGGAGAAAUAUUGGAAGGAAAAAGACUAACAGACUAGAUAUAUGCGUGCGAGCGUGCGUGCCUGCGUUUUUUCGUUGAAAAAAUACCAUAAAUUGACCGAGUUGUUGUAAUUUUAUGUUAAUAUUGUAAUGCACUUGUAAAUAUGCACUGUAAUAUUACUACUUUUGCUUCAAAAAACUGCUCACGUGGUGGAAAAAAAAGUUUUUAAAUUCCCUUUGAACUACUGUGACAGCUAUCUGUAUAUGUGCACUUACGGCCAUUUCUUACCCGAUACCUAUAUAAUGCCACGUAGUUUGAUUAUUUGUGAACGGAUUUCGUUUAAAUUUGGAAUAUUGAUAAUUUAAUACAUUAAACUUACUUUUAAGCUGACAAAGAUACAGGUAUAAAAUUUAACGAAUAAAAAUAUCACUGUACAAUCCGAAUUCAAAAAACGGCAUAACGCAAAAUUCGUCACUGAAUCACAUAACAGUUUGUACAUCCGAGUAAUUAAUACUUUGCUUGUCCUCCCAUUGUUCUCACAACAUGCACACACCUCUGCCUCAUUGACAACAUUUCGGAUGACCCAUUGGGGAGUAUCCCUCUAUUCCUGCACAAGGGCUUUGGACUAAGAAAAUAACUCGACAUUAAAAUUUCAGUGAUAAUUGUACAUUUUGUAUCAUAAUUUAUUGUAAAUAGAUUCAUUUUGUAAAUAUCUGCAGUCAAAAUAUCGUUAUAUAAAUGAAAUCCGAUCAUGCAUAAGCUACUUACGUGUCUGAGUUAAUGUCCGGCUUGCAACAUGCCCACUGCGCGACCGCACUCUUGGAUAUUCAUCUUGUCCAUUACAGUUUUGAUAGCUAAAUUAAGUUUUUUUCAGGGUACAUAGACGUCUAGAGUAACUAAAUGAAAAGAAAAAGUCGAUAUUUUUGCUUACCAACGUUUCCUCGUGCAAAAUGUUGAAAUCGCGCACGCAUCAGGCGUAAAACUUCUUGAAACACCUUAAAUUUCUGUACAGCUAAAGUAAUCAAACAACUUUAUGUAGAGCUUCAAACUAAAAAAAAUGAACCAUAUUCGAGAAAACGGAAUUUAGAAAGUUAGAAAUGGCUGUAAGUGUUUAUUAAAAUUACAGGAAAAAAGUAAUCUCUGUUGUUUAUUUUCAUUGCUGAGUACAAAAGAUAAUUUUACUACUAGAAAAUCAGGUUAAAUGUUUUUUAAGAUAGCCUUUUCUGCAUUAAGUGUCAAAAAAGAACUUUGAUUUUAAAUGUUUUGCAAUGUAAGUUAAAAUAAGUGUGUUUAUAUAAGAUGUCGUCUUUGUGGUGUAUAUGUUUCUUGUUUGAAACAGUUUUUUUUUUAAUCAGUCUUGUUUUAACAUUUAUUUAUCAUGUCUUGACAAUGCAGAUAACGUUUAAGAACGGCUAAAAGAAGAUAUUACAUCUGAAUAAAUGUUUCCUUAUUCAA